CAGCCAGAGGACCGAGCGCUCAGCGGCCUCCCCUCCAUGUCCCUGCUUGGGAGAGGGGUGGGUAGCGGAGGACUACAAGUCCCGGCAGGCGUCGCAAAGUCGCGGGGCAGGUCCCCGCGUCCGGGGUUGGUCCGAGUUCGCCGCUGGCCCUAGGCGGCAUGAAUGGGGUAACGGGGGCGAAGGGAAAGACUCGGCUCUAGCGGCCAGCUCGUACUCUGGUAUACCACUCGCCCCUCCCCUACAGCAGUCCGGGGGCCCCGGAGCACGUGCGCCUGCGUCUGCGCAGCGCGAGCGUGGGAGCCGUUGAGGCCGUUGCGGUCCGGAAGCGGCUGCGGCGGAGGCGGCGACGGCUCGGGCGGCUGGCGGGCCCGGGCGGCGGCGGCAUGCCGCGGGACAACAUGGCCACGCUGAUCCAGCGCAUCGCCCGGCAGGCGCGUUUGACCUUCCGCCGGGGCAAUGGUGGCAGCGGCGGAGCGCCCGAGGCAGGAUUCCCAGACAACCUGCAGCAGCUCCAGCAGCUGCUGAGCCAGCUCCGCGCCGAGGACCUGAACAUCAGGCCGCGGCGCUGCGCCACGCUGCCCGGGCCUUCGCCGCCGCCGCCGCCGCCUUCGCACCUGCCGCCCGUCACAUACAUGCAUAUCUGCGAGACCGCCGAGUUCAGCCUGGGCGUGUUCCUGCUCAAGAGUGGCACAUCCAUCCCGCUGCACGACCACCCGGGCAUGUACGGCGUGCUCAAGGUGCUCUACGGCACGUUGCGGAUCAGCUGCCUGGACCCGUUGCCCCCGCCGCCGCCCCCCGCUGCGCCGCCGCCGCGCUUCGACCCCCCUCUUCGGUCAGACAGCUCGCAUCCCUGCGCUCUCUCGGAGCUCGCCGCCUCCUCGGAAAGGCGGGCUCCCAAGCCGCCGCCGCCGCUGCGACCACCACGAGCCCCUCUUCUCCCCGCACUCACCCCGAUCCGCCACCGACAGUGCGAGCUCCCAGGGCCCACGACAGUGGACCGUCAGCCCACCAAAGGCACAUUGAAACCCUCCACAGACUAG